AUGCCUGAAGCAGUCGCGGCGGAAGCCAAAUCACGCGUCUCGAGCGUGUCCAGCACGACGACCACCACGACCACUAUCACGACCACGACCAAGACCACGACCACAGCGACCAAAUCACAUACCCAUCAUGCCAAACGCCGACCUGCCAUGAUCCCCGCCGAUGCCGAGCUCUCGUCAGAGGACAAGAAAGCGAUCAAGCUGCGUACAGGACGAUGGCCCGUGUUCGUGCACCCAGCUGCGGCGACCGCAGGCCAAGACACCACCAAGGAAUUCGGUAGCGUCGUCCGCGUCGUCGAAGACGAUGCCCUAAAAAAGCGGAAGCCCAGUACCACCGCCGAACAGUAUUACCUGAACUUGAAGGAGGCGAGGGAGAUCAAGGCUAGGGAGAAGGGGUCGCAUGCUGCCGUCUAA